AAAUAGACGAAUUAUAUUUCGUUUUCCGACGCAGAUCCGAUAAUGGACACGUGGCCUCUAAUGGGAUCUCCAUAUCCUAUAUUGUGCAUUCUUGUGACAUAUUUAAUAUUUGCAAUAAAAGGACCAAAAAUAAUGGAACAAAGACCUGCUUUCCAACUUAAUACAGCUAUGAUUUUUUAUAAUGGAUUUCAAGUAGUUCUUAGUAUCUGGUUAACAUUUUUGCUUUUAGAUCUUAAUAUUCGAUUAUUUUCUUUUCACGGAUGUAAUGAUGUCCACCGUUUACCUUCGUCACAAAGAAAAUACAUACGGACAGCGCUGUCACGAAGUGUGUGGUGGUAUUUCUUUGCAAAAGUCACCGAGUUUUUAGAUACGGUAUUUAUGGUGUUGAGAAAGAAACAAUAUCAACUAACUUUUCUUCACGUUUAUCACCACACAGUAACGGUCCUUAUUUCGUGGUGCUUCUUGAAUUUGCUGCCUGGUGAGCAAGGUGCCCUAAUAGCUUUUUUGAAUUCCGCCGUUCACAUUAUUAUGUACAGUUAUUAUUUCAUCGCCGCGCUUGGUUCCAAAUAUAAAAAGUACAUCUGGUGGAAGAAAUAUAUGACCUGUAUUCAGCUGUUGCACUUUGGAAUGCUAUGUUUCUAUCUAAUCGCAACGUUGGUUCUGGACUGCCGAAUGACAAAGGCUCUAACGUAUUUCUUCUUAAUAGUUUUUUUCAUAUUUAUCUACCUAUUUAGCAAUUUCUUUCAAAAGGCCUAUAAGACAAAAAUGGCUUAAUUUCGCAAAAAUUUAAUGAAUACAAAUAAAUUCAAUCGAGCUAACGUAUAAUUAAAUUUUGAAAAAACAAUU